GGAGCGCUGAGCGGAGGCCGGGCCCGGCAGCCGCUCUGCCUCCCCGGUCUGUCUGCACAUCUCCGACGGCCGCACCGCGGGCUCCUCCCGGCGCCUGAAGCCACGAGCAUGACGCCCCGGGGAACUCACUGAGCUCGAGGUCUUGGCGCCUCGGUCGGCACCAUGGCCUUGGAGAAGGCGCUGCAGGCCGCACGGAAGGGCGACCUGGACAUGCUGAGGUCCCUGCACGCCGCCGGCCUGCUGGGGCCCUCGUUGCGCGACCAGCUGGACGCGCUGCCGGUGCACCAUGCGGCCCGCGCGGGCAAGUUGCACUGUCUGCGCUUCCUGGUAGAGGAGGCUGCUCUGCCCGCCGCGGCCCGCGCUCGCAACGGCGCCACACCGGCCCACGACGCCGCCGCCACAGGCCACCUCGCCUGCCUGCAGUGGUUGCUGUCGCAGGGUGGCUGCAGAGUUCAGGACAAAGACAAUUCUGGUGCCACAGUCCUGCAUCUAGCUGCCCGCUUUGGCCACCCGGAGGUGGUGAACUGGCUGCUGCGUCGUGGCGGUGGGGAUCCCACCAUGGCCACAGACACAGGUGCCCUGCCUAUCCACUAUGCUGCCGCCAAAGGAGACUUCUCCUCCCUGAGGCUUCUUGUCGGGCACUACCCUGAGGGAGUGAAUGCCCAAACCAAGAACGGUGCCACGCCCCUGUACCUGGCGUGCCAGGAGGGCCACCUGGAGGUGACGCAGUACCUGGUGCAGGAGUGCGGCGCGGACCCGCACGCGCGCGCCCACGACGGCAUGACUCCGCUGCACGCCGCAGCGCAGAUGGGCCACAGCUCGGUGAUCGUGUGGCUGGUGAGCUGCACCGACGUGAGCCUAUCAGAGCAGGACAAAGACGGCGCCACGGCCAUGCACUUCGCAGCGAGCCGCGGCCACGCCAAAGUGCUCAGCUGGCUCCUGCUGCACGGCGGCGAGAUCUCGGCCGACCUGUGGGGCGGGACCCCGCUGCACGACGCUGCGGAGAAUGGGGAGCUGGAGUGCUGCCAGAUCCUGGUAGUGAACGGCGCGGAGCUGGACGUCCGCGACCGUGACGGGUACACGGCUGCCGACCUGUCGGAUUACAACGGCCACAGACGCUGCACCCGCUACCUGCGCACCGUGGAGAACCUGAGCGUGGAGCACCGCGUGCUGUCCCGAGAUCCAUCCACUGAGCUGGAGGGGAAGCAGCCCGACUCGGGCAUGUCCUCACCCAACACCACCAUGUCGGUCCAGCCGCCGAACUUUGAUCUCAGCUCACCCACCAGCACACUCUCCAACUAUGACUCCUGCUCUUCCAGCCAUUCCAGCAUCAAGGACCGGUGUCCCCCGAGAGGGCUUUCCAGCACAAGAGCUGCAGACAUACAAAGCUACAUGGACAUGCUGAACCCGGAACUGGGCUUGCCUCGGAGCAAGAUGGGAAAACCACCACCACCACCCAUCGUCCCUCCACCACCACCACCCCCAGGCACCCAGCUGCCUCCACCACCGCCAGGCUAUCCGGCUCCCAAUCCCCCUGUGGGGCUACAUGCAGCUGACAUCUACAUGCAGACUAAGAACAAGCUGCGCCAUGUGGAAACGGAGACCUUCAAGAAGGAGCUGAGCUCCCGCGACCGUCACCACGGGCUGCGGAGGCAGGACUCCGGCCGCAAGCCCUGCGCCUUCAGCAAGCAGCCCAGCACGGGGGACUACUACCGCCAGCUGGGCCGCUGCCCCGGGGAGCCGCUGGCCGCACGCCCGGGCAUGGCGCACAGCGAGGAGGUGCGUGCCCGCCAGCCAGCACCCGCCGGCCGCCCGGGACCCGGCCCUGCUGCCCCCUCCUCACUCGUUGGCCCCUCCGCUCCCCCGCAGGCGGCGCUGCUCCCCGGGAACCACGUGCACAACGGCUGCGCUGCGGACCCCAAGGCGUCCUGGGAGCUCCCGCCGCCGCCCCCGCCGCCGCCCCCGUUGCCGGAGGCCCUGAGCUCACCGCCGCCUGCCCCGCCUCUGCCCUUCGAGGGUGCGGGCCCUGGCUGCGGGCAGCGCCGGUCCUCUUCCUCCACUGGCAGCACCAAGUCUUUCAAUAUGGUGUCGCCAACGGGUGACAACUCAGAGCUACUGGCUGAGAUUAAGGCAGGCAAGAGCCUGAAGCCCACACCACAAAGCAAGGGGCUGACUACAGUGUUCUCAGGCAGUGGGCAGCCAGCCUCCCAGCCGGACUCACCGCAGCUGUCAGCAGCAUCGCCAGCGCCAUCUCGGGCCCGGAGCCCCACUCCACCAGCUGUGGGGCCCCAACCAGUGCUCAAUGGCAGCGUGGUGCCGGCGCCACCCGCCACUCCUGCUCCAGGUGUUCAGCUAGACGUGGAAGCGCUCAUCCCCACCCACGACGAGCAGGGCCGGCCCAUCCCAGAGUGGAAGCGCCAGGUGAUGGUACGCAAGCUGCAGCUGAAGAUGCAAGAGGAGGAAGAGCAGAGACGGAAGGAGGAGGAAGAGGAGGCCCGACUGGCCAGCCUGCCUGCCUGGAGACGAGAUCUCCUUCGGAAGAAGCUGGAAGAGGAGAGGGAGCAGAAGCGAAAAGAGGAGGAGCGACAAAAGCAGGAGGAGAUGCAGCGGGAGAAAGAACAGUCGGAGAAGCUGCGGACGCUGGGCUACGAUGAGACCAAGCUGGCGCCCUGGCAGCGACAGGUCAUCUUGAGGAAGGGAGACAUCCCUAAGUAA